CAGGCUUCCUGGUUGUUUACAUUAUAUAACUUUAUCCAGCCCUACUAUCAAGGUGUGUUGGGUAUUCUAGAUGCGUUUAUAUGCUAAAUAAAAGCAGUAGCACGUUGUAAAUUAGCUGUUGUUAAUUAGCUGCUCGACGGUUGUGACAUGAACAUCAGGGAUAAGGAGCUAAAGAUUCGCUUUACCCCAGGUCACGUGGAGCUCGUGCAGGAGGAAGUGUACAGUCCAUCCCAGCGUGUACUGGUGACCGGUGCUACUGGUCUGCUUGGACGUGCAGUCUACAAGGAGUUCCACAACAAUGACUGGGACACGCUGGGGUGUGGAUACACUCGUGCUCGGCCUCGCUUCCUCAGCUGCAACCUGCAGGAUGAGGAGGCUGUGCGGGAGGUUAUUCUCAACUUCCAGCCCCAUGUAAUCGUACACUGUGCUGCUGAGAGAAGGCCAGAUGUGGUGGAGCAUCACACAGAAGCAGCCUUGGACCUGAAUGUACAUGCAUGUGCUACACUGGCAAAAGAAGCAGGUGGCGUCUUUCUGAUCUACAUUAGCACUGAUUACGUGUUUGAUGGACGCAAUCCCCCAUAUGGAGAAAACGACACCCCCAACCCGUUAAACAUGUAUGGGAAAUCGAAGCUCUGGGGGGAAGGCGAGAUACUCAGACACUGUCCAGGUGCUGCAAUACUCAGGGUGCCCAUUCUGUAUGGAGAGGUAGAGAAGGUGGAGGAGAGCGCCGUCACUGUGUUGUGGGAUCGCAUUCAGGAAGGAGCCGAGAGCACAACUGUGGACCACUGCCAGCAGCGCUUUCCCACCUACACCAGCGACGUGGCACGUGUCUGCAGGAACAUGGCUGAGCGAGGGCUUCAGGACCCAAGUUUGCGUGGGAUCUUUCAUUAUUCUGGAAAAGAACAGAUGACUAAAUAUGAGAUGUCCUGUGCUAUUGCAGAGGCGUUUAACCUGCCCAGGAGUCACCUGAUACCGUUGACGGAGCAGCCUGCUGGAGCCGGAGCUCAGAGGCCGCAUAACGCGCAGCUGGAAUGUUCUCGUUUGGAGCUGCUUGGGCUGAGCGUGGACCCGACUCCAUUUAAAACAGCAAUUAGAAACUGUCUCUGGCCAUUCCUCCAUGAUAAACGCUGGAGACAGACCGUCUUUCACUGAGCGACAAAGCAUACAUUCCUUAUUGGUCAGAAAAUUGCGCCAAUCUGUUUACAAGUGAAACAGCUUUAGUUGAUUAAAGUUCUAUUAACACAUACAGCAAUUCAUUUAUUAUUUUGUCCUUCUUUACAUAUUGCACUAAAGGGAAUAGUAUUGUUGCUCAAGGCAGUUCUGGAUAAUUUGUGCAUUUAUAUAUAACUGCUUGAUUAGUCUGUAUUGCAGUUAAAGUGUUUUAUCAGUUUUGUUGUCUUCAGUGUGACAAUUUCCCAGAAAAUGUGAAAAAAAGAAAUAAAUAAGAGAAAAACAUUUUGCUUUAAA